AUGGGUAUCUUCAAGCACUUCCUUGCGGGAUCUUUCUCAAAUCCGUUCCUUCGCAAUAAGAUAUCGAAAUCAUUCACGAUAAACCUCAAACAUCAAGUCUCAGUUGCAUUGAUGUCAAGCAAAAUUCUUCUCACUGGUGCGACUGGUUAUAUCGGAGGUUCAAUUCUCACUCAGCUACUUGAAUCUAAGCAUGACUUCUCCAAGUAUCCAAUUUCCGUGCUUGUCAGAGGUGAAGACAGAGCCAAGAUUCUUCAAGGCCAGGGGUUCAAUCCAAUUUUGUUCCAUAACUUGGACGAAACGGACAUCCUCCAGAAGGUGGCCAGUGAACAUGAUGUGGUUAUCCAUACUGCAUCUGGUUUUCACACAGCUUCGGCAAAAGCUUUGAUUCUUGGUCUUGGUGAGAGGAAGAAGGCCAGUGGCAAGGAAGUUCACUUCAUCCACACUUCUGGGACGUCAAACCUGGGUGAUCAACCCAUCUCCGGCAAGUAUCUCGAAUCACGUACAUUCUCUGACCGCGAGAACAUCUACGCAUACCUGAAGUCUCGUGAAGCUCUACAAGUCUACCCCCAACGGACCACAGAUAUUAUCGUGGUAGAGACGGGCCUAGCCGCGGGUGUCAAAACGACCAUUCUCAUGUCUCCUACCAUCUAUGGCUUCGGGACCGGCUUAUUCAAUAAGCUGUCGAUCCAAUUCCCAACACUUCUCCGCGCUGCUAUCAAGGCUGGACAGUCCGAGAUGAUAGGUGAUGGAAAGGGAGUAUGGAGCUACGUUCAUAUCGCCGAUCUUGCUAGGUUAUACGAGUUGCUUCUCAACAAGGUCCUCAAGGGCGAAGAGCUUCCGAAUGGAGAGAAGGGUAUUUUGUUUUCGUCUACAGGAAGUUAUCAGUGGGCUGAGCUGGCCAGUGACAUUGCAGGUGCACUUGCAGAGCUGGGCGCUAUCAAGACACGUGAGGUAAAGAGUAUAAGUCUCUCUGAAGCCGCUGGAAAGUGGUGGGGUGGCUACGAGUUGAUUGUCGAGCUUAGCUUUGCUUCCAAUUCCCGCACUUUAUCGGAUGUCAGCCAUGAACUUGGCUGGCGCGAGGAAAAGACGGAACAGGAUUUUAAGAACCAAUUCCUAGAGGAGGCUCGUCUUGUUGUUGCGGCUCAGUAG